UGUAAUGUCCAUUUCAGAAGUCCAACACUAACUUAAUUUGGCUAGCUACUUAAAUUAACAAGCAACUGUGUCUGUAUUUCUUGGUGUAAAAGAGAUUCAAAUUGAUCAGGUCUAAUAAUUAGUAACAAAUACAUAUAAGCUCACAUUCAAGUAAUCUGAUAAUUAAAGUUUUUAGGAACUCAAAUAAAAAGAUAAUUUUACACACUAAAUCAAACAACCCUUAAGUCAUUGUAAGAAUAUAUAAUAAAAUCUAAUAGGGAAACCAAUUAGAAAAGGAUUAUUUGAUUGCUUAGAAAUUAUCAGCUGCAAAUAUGCCAGUCCCAAAGACGUUAUUCUAUUGUGGAGAUCAAUCAAUUGUUGGAGUACCAUUUUAUGCAACUGAAUAUGUUGAAGGAAGAUUAUUCAAUGAUAAAAAGUUAUUGAGUGUUUCAUAAACUGAAAAGAAAUUGUUGUUUUAAGAAGUAUCUAAAGCUUUGGCUCAUUUACAUUCUAUCAGUUUAAAUUAUUUAGGGCUUGGAGAAUUAGAAUCAUAGACUAGUCAAUACUAAACAUAAAAUAAAAAAUUAUACAACCUCUAUAAAUUACAUGAAACCAAAAUUUCAACAAAUGUAGAAGAUUUAUUGUAUUGGUUACCAUUAAAUACACCAGUGAAAUCAGAAUUAGAUAAUCUAUGUUUGGUACAUGGAGAUUUUUCAUUAUCCAAAGUUGUAUUCCAUCCAACUGAACCUAAAGUUUUGGCUAUCUUAGAUUGGUAAUAAGCUUAAUUAGGAAAUGCAUUCAUUGAUUUGGCUAGUUUUGUCUCACCAUACUAUAUUCCUUAUUCAAAUGGAUAACAUUAAGUUGAUGGAUGGUUUGGAAUUGAAGAAAUUAUAGGUUAACCUAAUCUCCAAGAUGUUUUAUAAGCUUACUUUACAACAAGAUCAAGUGAAAACAUACCAGACAUUAAAUAUUAACUCAUCAUGUCAAUUUUGAAAUAAUCAAUCGAUUAAUAAAUCCUCUAUAAAUAAACAAAAGAAGAAAAAUAUUAAGAUAAUUCUCAUUUCUUAUCAAAAGCUGGUUAUGAGAUAAUAUUGAGAAUGACUGAAGGAGAUCCAUUCGGAAUUAAAAUGAGAGCUACAAAUGAUGGUUAAUUAUGGUCAAAUUGGCCUGUUUCAGAAAGAUGCAAAAGUUAUUACUAUAGAAUUAAGGAUUUCAUGAGAGAUGAAAUAUUCCCUGUUGAAAAAACCAUCUUAGAUAAAGCCAGAGCAAUUCCAACAACUGUUUAAAAUAAACCAAUUUUAGAAGUAGAAGAACUUUAAAGAAAAGCCAGAGCUGCUGGAUUAUGGAAUUUAUUCAUUUCAGAUCCUAUGUAUGGCAAAGGUUUAACUAAUUUGGAAUAUGUAUUCCUAUCAGAGCUUAUGGGAUUAAGUUAUCUUGCUCAUGAAACAUUUAAUUGUUUUGCACCAGAAACAGGAAAUAUCAAAUUAUUGAUUGCUUAUGGAACACCAUAUUAAAAGGAGAAAUACUUGAAACCAUUAUUAGAAGGAUAAUGUAAAUCAUUUUUUGCAAUGACUGAAAAGAAUGUACCAUCUUCUGAUCCUAAUAAUUUCUAAUGUACCAUCACACCAACUGAAGGAGGAUUUAUUCUUAAUGGUGGUAAAUGGUUUGUUUCUAGUGCUCCAGAUGAAAGAGCUAUCUUUGGAAUUGUUAUGGGUAAAUCAUCUCCAGAUAUGAGUAAUCCAAUUGAAUCAUAAUCAAUGAUUUUAGUUGACAUGAAUAAUCCAAAAAUAAAAAUAAUUAGAUAAUUCCCUGUCUUAGGUUUCUAUGAUAUACCUCAUGGUUAUUCAGAAGUUGAAUUCGAUAAUGCCUUCAUUCCAUAAGAAAAUCUCUUAGGACAACUUGGAGGAGCAUUCAAAAUGGCAUAAGGUAGAUUAUUAGGAGGAAGAUUACAUCAUUGUGUUAGAUAAGUUGGAUUAACUAGAAGAUGUUUAGAUUUAAUGAUGUCAAGAUCAGAAAAAAGAAUUAUAUUCAAAUAAUCAUUAAAAGAUAAUGCUGCCUUCUAAGAGAGAUUAGGAGAUUUGGAAAUUGCAUUCUAAUCAUGCAGAUUAUUAAGUUUAAAUGCUGGAUUACUAUUGGAUUCUGCUGGAUCCAGACAUUUACAUACAUUCAUGGCUGUUAGCGAAUGUAAAGCUCAUAUUCCCAAAGCUUGUCAAUAUAUUAUAGACUAAUGCGUUCAAGCAUUUGGAGCUGAGGGAGUAACUGAAGAGCAACCAUUGGCACUUGCAUUCCGUUUCGCCAGAGCUAUUAGAUUCAUGGAUGGACCAUGUGAAGUCCACCUUAGACAAAUCUCUAGAUUUGCUUAUGGAAAUCACUUAUUCAAUGAUCUAAACAAUGCUCAGGGAUAUGGAUUAGCAAAGCUAUGAU